AUGGGAUGCCGGGGCCGGGACUGUUUGCGUAAUGUGACCCCCAGGCCCGAAACCGCCGGGGGCCUGGAGGAGGAGCCGGGUGCGGGCCCCCAUCCCUCAGAUCUCGCCGGGGCGCGGCGAGUGGCCUCGAGCGACCCCUGCGCGAGACACCCCACCAGGAGCCGAGGCCGCCGAGUGUGCGGUCUGGGGAAGACUGGGUUCGGCCUCGAGGUCUGUCAUUGCUUCUGCGGCUGCCGCUCCAGAGGUUGGAGUUGGUUCGUCGUCGUGUUUGAAAGGGAGCAGGUGUCAAACGGGUUUAAACGAAUCCCUUUAGAUUGGGUGGUUUUCCUCCUCCCAGCUGCACUUCACUUUCAGAAAUUCAAAAACGUGCUAGAGUUGGCCUGCUUCGAGGCCAGGCCUCCUUACAGGCAGCGGCCAGUGCAGCGCGAAAGCCGCUUUCACUCUCAAGGUCUUCAGGCGGUGAGUGUGCAGGAGUUUCAGAAAUUAGUUCUCCUCUUGCCAGUUCCUGUAAAUAUUUGCUUUUCUUUUUCAGGUCCAGCACAGAAUCAAAUGCAGGUUCCAUCUGGGUAUGGAUUGUAUCCUCAAAACUAUAGUGCUCCCUCGGGACAUUACUCUCAAGGAUCUGGGAAAAUGACCUCAUUGCCAUUGGAUGGCCAGUGUGGCAAUUACUACUCUGGUCUCUAUACAGUACCAACACAAAGUGUGGUGACUCCUAAAACAACAAACCAACAACCAGGAGCACAGCAGAUAUAUGGCAGGGGUCCUCCUGCCCCUCACACUGUGGGGUCCACUCCAGAAUAUUUCCAAGGUGCCACAUCAUCAGCAUCUCAUUUGCAUACGAGUGCCUCCUUGCCAUACUCCUCUUUUGUGAAUCAUUACAGUACUCCAGCCAUGUACUCUGCCAACUCUUCUGCUGUUUCUCAGGGAUUUCCCUCUACUUGUGGUCACUAUGCUGUGUCAACUGUUUCUAAUGCUGCGUAUCCUAGUGUUUCAUAUCCCUCUCUGCCUGCUGGUGAGCCAUAUGGGCAACAAAUGUUUACCUCACAGAAUGCUUCAACUAUCAGGCCAGUUAGAGAGAAUUCAUUUUCUAGUCAAAAUACCACUCUCAGCCAUCCAUCACCACUUCCACCUCCACCAUCACAACAGUACCACCAGCAGCAGAGUGUUUCAGGAUACAGUACGCCCUCGUGGUCAGCUUCAGGCCCUCCAUCAACUCAAGACAAUCUCCGAAACCACAUUGGCUCCCUGGCUACAGCCAACAACCACCCAACAAAUACCGAUUCUUUAUCCUAUCCUGUUAUGCAAAAUGUUCAGCAUCCCAAGUCUAACCCAGUGGUAUCCACUGUUGUAUCAGGAGCCUCGUCAGCAAGGUCACCUCUUGUUGCAAAUCACCUCGUUGAGCCUGUCGCCUCGGUUACACAGCCAUCAGAACUGUUACAACAGAAAGGCAUGCAGUAUGGUGAAUAUGUUAAUAAUCAAGCUAGCUCCGCACCAACUCCCUUGUCAUCAACUUCCGAUGAUGAGGAAGAGGAGGAGGAGGAUGAGGAAGCAGGUAUUGACAGCUCUUCCACCACAAGCAGUGCUUCUCCACUGCCCAACAGUUAUGAUGCCCUAGAAGGAGGCAGCUACCCAGAUAUGCUUUCUUCAUCAGCAAGCAGUCCCGCUCCUGACCCUGCUCCUGAAACUGACCAUACUCCAGCUCCAGUACCCACUGCCCCUCAGCCUUCAAAAGUGGCUAAACCGUUUGGAUAUGGUUAUCCCACUCUUCAGCCUGGUUAUCAGAAUGCUGCAGCACCACUGAAUCCUGGAGGACAGCCUGGUAACCCAGCGUAUUCUGGAUUCCAGCAGUAUGCUCAACAGUAUCCUGGUAUGAACCAGCUGUCCUCCAGUCUGGGAGGACUGAGUCUCCAGAGUUCUGUAAUACCAGAAAGCCUAAGACCUGUCAACCUCACUCAGGAGAGGAAUAUCUUACCCAUGACUCCUGUUUUGCCUCCUGUACCUAACUUGAAUUUAGACCUCAAAAAAUUAAACUGUAGCCCAGAUUCCUUUCGGUGUACUUUGACAAAUAUUCCACAGACACAGGUUUUACUGAAUAAAGCUAAGCUUCCUUUAGGAUUGUUGUUACAUCCCUUCAGAGACCUAACGCAAUUACCCGUGAUAACAUCAAAUACCAUUGUGAGGUGCCGAUCUUGUCGAACAUAUAUCAACCCUUUUGUGUCCUUCAUUGAUCAGCGUAGAUGGAAAUGCAAUUUGUGCUAUAGAGUCAAUGAUGUUCCUGAAGAAUUUAUGUAUAACCCUCUUACCCGAUCUUACGGAGAGCCUCAUAAACGGCCAGAAGUUCAGAAUUCAACCGUGGAGUUCAUUGCUUCUUCUGAUUACAUGCUUCGUCCUCCUCAGCCUGCAGUUUACUUGUUUGUUUUAGAUGUGUCUCAUAACGCAGUGGAAGCUGGGUAUUUGACAGUUUUGUGCCAGUCACUGUUAGAAAAUCUAGACAAGCUUCCUGGAGAUUCACGAACAAGAAUAGGAUUUGUCACCUUUGAUAGCACUAUUCAUUUCUACAAUUUACAAGAAGGAUUAUCGCAGCCUCAGAUGUUGAUUGUAUCUGAUAUAGAUGAUGUUUUUCUACCUACUCCGGAUAGCUUACUUGUGAACCUACACGAAAGUAAAGAGCUUAUAAAAGACUUAUUGAAUGCAUUACCAAAUAUGUUCACCAAUACAAGAGAAACACACAGUGCCCUUGGUCCUGCGCUUCAGGCUGCCUUUAAAUUAAUGUCUCCAACAGGUGGCCGUGUGUCUGUAUUUCAGACACAGUUACCUUCCUUGGGUGCAGGACUUCUGCAGUCCAGAGAGGAUCCUAAUCAGAGAUCGAGCACAAAGGUUGUACAACAUCUUGGCCCCGCAACUGAUUUUUAUAAGAAACUCGCUUUAGAUUGCUCAGGGCAGCAGACUGCAGUGGAUCUGUUCCUUUUAAGUUCACAGUAUUCUGAUCUUUCUUCUCUAGCUUGCAUGUCCAAGUAUUCAGCGGGGUGCAUCUAUUAUUAUCCAUCUUUCCAUUAUACUCACAAUCCUUCACAAGCAGAAAAGUUACAAAAAGAACUAAAACGUUAUCUCACAAGGAAAAUUGGAUUUGAAGCUGUUAUGAGAAUAAGGUGUACUAAAGGUCUUUCAAUGCAUACUUUUCAUGGAAACUUCUUUGUUCGUUCCACUGAUUUGUUAUCCCUCGCCAACAUCAAUCCCGAUGCUGGAUUUGCAGUACAGCUGUCCAUUGAAGAAAGUUUGACAGACACUUCCUUGGUGUGCUUUCAAACAGCCCUGUUAUAUACAUCAAGCAAAGGUGAGCGAAGAAUUAGAGUGCAUACACUUUGUUUGCCAGUGGUGAGUUCACUAGCAGAUGUAUAUGCAGGAGUAGAUGUACAAGCUGCCAUCUGCCUUCUGGCAAACAUGGCUGUGGAUCGAUCCAUUUCAACAAGUCUCUCAGAUGCAAGAGAUGCCUUAGUGAAUGCUGUGGUGGAUUCAUUGUCCGCAUAUGGCUCAACUGUCUCAAAUUUACAGCACUCGGUGCUGAUUGCACCCAGCUCUCUCAAGUUGUUUCCUCUCUAUGUUUUGGCCCUUCUCAAACAGAAAGCCUUUAGAACCGGUACAAGCACACGCCUGGAUGAUCGUGUGUAUGCCAUGUGUCAGAUAAAGUGUCAGCCACUUGCUCAUCUAAUGAGAAUGAUUCAUCCCAACUUAUACAGGAUAGACAGAUUGAUAGAUGAGGGUGCAAUACAUGUUAAUGACAGGGUCGUACCCCAGCCACCUCUUCAGAAAUUGUCUGCAGAGAAGCUGACAAGAGAAGGUGCUUUCCUUAUGGACUGUGGCUCUGUUUUUUACAUUUGGGUUGGAAAAAGCUGUGACAACCACUUCAUAGAGGAUGUGCUUGGGUAUCCUGAUUUUGCGUCAAUACCACAGAAAAUGACACAUCUUCCAGAGUUAGAUACGCUUUCAUCAGAAAGAGCCAGAUCCUUUAUAACUUGGCUUAGAGACAGCAGACCAUUAAGCCCUGUUCUUCACGUGGUAAAAGAUGAGAGUCCUGCCAAAACAGAAUUUUUUCAACAUUUGAUUGAAGACCGUACAGAAGCCGCGUUCUCUUACUAUGAAUUCUUGCUUCACAUUCAGCAGCAGAUUUGUAAGUGAAGGGGAAUAAAACUGAGUCAGAAGAAAAAGGCCUAGGUCCAGCCUGAUCUGCCGGAGAAGCCCACUGGACAUUUGAAAUGAAGGCAUUUAUUGUUACAAGACACAGCACAUAGCAUAGCACCCUGUCUGAGUCAGCAGGUGAAGAGGAAGAAAGAACUUGGCAGAUACUCUUCAGCCUGAAUUAGCGGCGAUGAUGCAGUUUCACCAGGUAUAUUCUGAGUUGGUUUCUACACAUUUCCAGUAGUGCAGCAGUACAGUGCUCUGUUCAUUACAAGCCAGCACAUUCAUGUAGCUAAUGUGGAAUGAUAGGUCAUAAUGUAAAAGUAGAUAACUGCUUUUUUCUUAUAGUUAAUAUGACAUUUCUGGACUGGAACUCUGACGAGAUGCCAAAAGGCAGUGGGUACCAUGUUAUUUAUAUGAAUUUUUAACAAGGAAUGAUUCGUAUUCAUUAAAUGAAUUCAAUAUUUUCCCUGUAAAAACAAUAGAGUUUCAGUAUAUGAACUAUAGAAAAAAUAUAUACAUAAUGUACAUAAAUGUUACAUUUGUAAAGAUGUAAAAAUGUAACUACAGAAUAUGAAUUGCUUAAACUGUGCUGCAUUGUUGGAUGACAACUCUUUUUUGUCGCAGUUAGAGAAUGAGGUUAACUAAUGCGUAUUAUGAAUUGAGUCCACAGAAGAAACACAAAACCCUUUGUAAUUCUGUUAAAUCUUUUAUGUGGAUUUAUUUAUGAUCAGCCUACUAAUUAAAAAUAUUUUGCUUGACA